AUGACACAAAUGAACGCUGCAGGAGUGGCUGGAGGCCCGGUCGGUGGUGGAAUGGUCAUGAUGAACAGUGGCAGUCCAGCAAUGCCUGGUAAUAGUGGCAGCAGUAAUGGUAUGCAACCAGAGCACGUCAAAUCCCAGCUCAACACCUACAUCUACGAAUAUUUCCUCAAGCUCGGUCAUUAUGACAUUGCUCGAAGUAUUCUCAACGACAAAAACCUCGCCAUCCACACAAAACCACCAGUCAAGCAAAGUCCUGGCCGUCGCAAGGACGGCGAAGUCAACGGUGUCGAUGGAGAUGCGAUGGAUACAGACCUAAAGGACGACAUUCCCGAUGACCUACCUCGACCUGGUCAUUUGGGAGAAACAAGCACACCCGGUAUCGGCUUCCUUUUCGAAUGGUUUAGCAUCUUCUCGGAUCUUUUCUCUGCACAUAGAGGUGGGAAAGGUCCUGCUGGAAGCAUGGGUCCCGCCGCUCAGUAUUUGAUGCAACAUCAAAACAUGCAACGCAUGAGAGAGAACCAACAAAAUCAGAAUCUCGCUAGACCUGGGAUGAUGAAUCCAAAUCAAUUCGCGAUGCGUGCCAACAUGGCAGCGCGGAAUGGAAUGAUGAACGGCAACAUGCCCAAUGCAAACAAAAUGACCCCUCAACAAUUGCAACAAUUCAACAAGCAAGCCCAGAUGCUACAACAACAGUCGCAAAUCAAUCGCGAACAAGGCGAGAUGGACAUGAACGGCCGCGCCUCCUCACCCGCAGAAGGAGAAAAUGGAGGUUCCCCAUCCAAGAGACCACGAUUAGAGGGUCAACAAUUCAAUGGAGCCAUGAUGCCGAAUGGUCGUCCAGGAAUGCCUGGUGGAGUGGCACCCCAAGGAAUGAUGAUUCAAAAUGCUUUCAACCCGAACAUGAACAGUGCCCAGUUCCGACAGAAUGGCGCAAUGCCACAAAAGCCCAUGCAGGCUGGAAUGGCUAAUGGCAUGAUGAAUAUGGGCAAUGCCGGAUCUCCUAUGAUGCAAGGAAUGAAUCCUGCACAAUUCGCCGACGGCAUGCAACUCGAGAUGUACAAUCAGCGAAUGGCCGGCCAACAGAUGCAAGGCGCCCCCGGUGGAGGUCAGAGUGGUAAUCAUGCCUUGCAAGAUUACCAAAUGCAAUUGAUGCUUCUGGAACAACAGAACAAGAAACGCCUGAUGAUGGCCAGACAAGAGCAGGAUAACGCGGUCAACCGAGAUGGUCAGCCCUUGGGAAUGCCUGGAGGCAUGUCACCUUCAGGGAGUGGCCGCACUGGCAACUCUCCCAACCCAGUUGAUCAAAUGAAACGGACUCCUCAGAUGGGUGGUCUGCCUGGCUCGCCAUCUGCUGGCGAUAUGGCAGGACGAUCUCCGGCUGGCAUGAACUUCAUGAAUGGUAUGCCAACACCCGACUUCAACCCAGCGAUGUUCAUGAAAGACGGCCAACCCAUGGUGGGACCUGGUGGUGUAAACAUGCGACCGCCAACGUCUAUGGAUGUCAACAUGGCUCGUCAACAGCAGCAAAACAACCGUAUGGCCAACCAAUUCCAAGGCGGGCAACCCAUGAUCCAACAAGCUUCUCAAGGACAACCACAACCCAUGGGUACACCUGGCCAGCGGAAUGAGAUGCCACCUCCUCAAGCGCCCGCAGGCAACAAUGGGCAACGAAAUCAACCAGGCUCUCCUCAAAGUGGGAAUGCGCCACCAACGCCCUCGACAACUAACAAGCCUGCGCCCAAGUCAAAGAAGGCGAAGGAUGACAGCAAGAAACGUCCCACAAAGAAGGCGUCCACUGCCAACGCGGCCAGUGCAGACAAUGAGCCUCCUGCAACCCCGACUCCAUCCACGCCAAUCACUCCUGUACAUCCUGGACCCGGAUUUAACUCAGGUGGUAAAGCUGGGGCUGGAGGGGUGGCCAAUGCCAACCAAGUACCACCACAAUCUCAGGUCAUGCCUCCCAGUCAACCAAUGCAUCAACCGGAUCUUUCCCAAAACUCCUUCACGGACUUUGGGAACCCUGAUCAAAAUUUCAACCUGGAUUUCAGCACAUUAGAGAAUAGCGACGUUUUGGAGAAUUUCGACUUUGACAGCUUCCUCAACACGACCAACGACGACACAUUCAAUUUUGAUACAGGCAUCGGUGUUGGGGGCGACUUUGGCCUAGAUGGGACGGGCGAAUAG